UGCUUUGAUAUGUUUAGAGUCAGUGUUUGACUCAUUAGUUGUCAAAAUUGAAUGCUUUGUAAAUUGAUUUCAUGUAUUGAAUAUUGAAUUAUAAUUAAACAAAUAAAUUAUAAUACAAUUAAUAAUACAAUUAGUAAUACAAUUGACUAAAAAGUUGUGUCAGAAUUAUCAUCGGAUGAGCGAUUGGUUACCAAAAAGUGUUAAUAUUUGUUAUGUAUUAAUGAUCUGUCGGUGAUUUGCAACCGAUAUAUAAUUACARAUGAAUUAUCUGCGGUCAACACAAUUGUAGAUUAAAUGAAUAGUUAUUAUUGAAGAUAUUUAUCACAAAUUUUUAAUCAAAAGAGUGAUUACAAGAAUGAAUUGCCAUCAGGUGCUGACCGGAGCCGCCAAUUCUGGUGACAACUGCUAUAGCUUUGGUUUAGUAGAAGGCAUACCAUUUGUGGCCUACAGUUCGGGUUGUAAUGUAGUUAUACUAACAUCUGACCUCAAGAGAGUUCAAAUAAUACCCGGAAUUCUUUACGGUAACAUUCAAGUCAAUUGUAUCGACGCUUCCACAGAUAUUGGCAAAAUAGCUGCCGCUUACGGACACAAGAUAUGCAUUUUUGAACCAACACCACUUCUUCAACAAAUGUCUAAUCAUAAAUUGGACUACAAAUGGAUCCAAACCUCUUGUAUUGAGUCGGACUCUGAUGUCACUGUUAUCUCAUGGAAUCUCGAGGGCAACAAACUUUUAACCGGUGGUCAGUGUAUACAGUUAUGGCAUCUGAAUAUACAAACUACCGCUGAAUUUAAUAAUAUAAAUAGCAAAACGACAAAAAGUGAUAAAUGUGACGAUCAAGAAGCAGAUUAUUGGCACUGUGUGUGGAAAAGCACGACCGCAACUCCCGUUCAUUUUCUACAGUUCUCACCCGACGGAACACUAUUUUUUUCUGCCGGCAAAGCCGAUCGUUUAGUAAAGAUAUGGUAUGAAAGCGCUGCUAAAAAUAAUCCGAUUACAAACCAUGUGUUGGGCCGACAUCACGAAACAAAUGAUAAACACACUGAGGAUACAAAAGAUAUUGAAUUUUCCUUUAUAUAUAUAGCACAUCCGCGAGCCAUCACUGGUAUAUCGUGGCGUAAAAUUAGCAAAUACUUGCCUCGCAGUUCAGUGGCCAAUAUGUUGGUCACUUCUUGUCGCGAUAAUAUUUGUCGUAUUUGGGUUCAGACUCUUCUUCCUGAAGAUGGUUUGGUUAACUUAAGUCAAAUAGAAGGACUUUCCAAUUAUGUUGCGCCCAGAGCUCAAACACAACGACAUCGACAAAAGAUAAUGCAAAAGAUUAAGCAUAUGAAGUCAUUAAAUCAAUUUAAAAAGAGACAACAAGUGACCAUCGAUGAGAAUCAAUCAAAUGGCUGUGCUAUACCAACACUUCCCAGUACUUUUAGUGUACAUGAUUUUCAUAGUUUUGGUAUUCAUGGCACCUCAUUAGCCCCGGGAUUACAUUUUCAUUUGACAGCCAGUAUUAAUGCUGAAACUGACAUUCCAUUAGUGCCGAGUCUUUCUGCCAAUACUAACGAUUCCAGCAAUUUAACAAAACCCAGUUUUGUUGUCCAUUGGCUUAAUAAUAAAGAAAUGUUUUUUACUCAAUCAGCUGAAAAGAUUUUACAAGAGAUUAGUUUGAAAAUAAUCCAAAACGAAAUGGCAUCGGCAAUGAGUGAUGUGGGCAGUGAUACGGGUGAGGCCGAUGGCCCCGAAACUGAAAAUGAGAUCGAUUUGGCCAGCAUUACAACCGCCGAAUCAAAUCGUAAAUUACGUAAACCUAUUCAUCAGAAUGUGAAGAAAAGUUCAAAACUUAUUAGUAAAGCCUUAUCUCACGAUGAGGUCGAACACGACGACAACCCACCGACUAGUAGUCGACAGAGUUUUCAUACGACUUCUUCCUCGGCUUCUUUAACGACUGAAGUGAAUGCAACUAAUGCUACAAAUCAUUCACAAUUGGGUGACCUUUUGGACAGAAAAUUAGAGGCUUUGAUUAGAGAGUGGCACUCAAACUCUGAUUUGCUUUUUAGUAUUCAUCCAUUGGAUGGAAGYCUUCUUGUUUGGUUAGUUGAAUGGUUGGAUGAGUCGAGUCCCAGUUCCUUCCGUCAGCCACAGAUUAGCUUUUCAUCGCGCAUCCCAAACGCCAUACCUCUUGGAGAUGCGRCCACAAUGUCUCACAAUAUCGCUAUGUAUUCGCCUAAUUUUUAUUUGGACCUCAAGUCAGUUGUUUUGCCAAAUUCUUCAUCACUUACUUUAGACAUUCACGGAAAAGACAAUUGUAGUAAAAGAGGUUCAUUAAUACCCGAACCUAUGACUACUAUAAUACAGACGCCGACUGUUUGUAUGUUAACAAAACAUAUAAAUGGAUCGUUAAAUCUAUGGAAUCUUGGCUUUGGAGAGGGAUCUCAUUUUACACAAGUAUUAAGUAUAAGUCAUUCAUCACGAGUUUGUGGCCAUAGAUUCCGUGUAAAUGACGUAAACUGUCAUCCAGUGUUACCACUUCUCCUGACAACUUCUCAUCAUAAUUUGCCCGGUCUUUUGGACUCAAAUUCUUCACCAUUGAGUACUCCAUCUGUUACACCAACUACUCCCGAUGGCUCACAAAAAGGAUUGGGACUACAAAAUACAGGAUUUUGUUCUGAACUAAUAUUAUGGAGAGUGGAUCCCGUGGGUCCUCUUUCCAACUCUGGUGGUGUCACAGAAUUGGCGCGAAUUAAUUCACUUUAUUUGUCGGCCUUUUCUAACGUUGCAUGGAUUCCGACAUUACUUCCAAGUACUACAAUUGGUUCAAUUUCUAACUCUCCCAGUGCUUGUUUUGUGGCAUCAGAUGGCAAACAAUUGCGUAUAUAUCAGGCCGUUAUCGACGCGCGAACUCUUUUGGCCGAAGUAUCAUCUGCUGAACGAAAAGCACGUAAGGGUAAUAUAAGUCCUACUGUUAGUGAUGACAGUACUUCAUCAGAAAUGGGUCAAUACAAACAUGCGGUUAGAGACUCAUUCAAAGUAGUUAGUCUUCAAUCGACUGCAAGACCCGGUUGUAUACUUGAACUCAAUACUAUCUCAGAUGCGGUUCACGACUGGAAAAAUACACAAUUUUUACACGUUUUUCAGGAACAGCUUAUCAAAGGUGAUAGUUCUGAUGCAUACGAGUCGUGGAAUGAGAUCCAGAAGAAUCAAACGGGUUUAGCUGAUAGUAGUUUAGGCGCUGCGGUUGAUCUCAGACAUAGUGCUAUAUUUGAAGAACCAUUUUAUUUGGUUGUCAUCGAAAAGAACGAAAAUCAACAAUCAGUACUUCAUAUGUGGCGACUAUUGAUGUCAUCUCAACCACAAACUGAUAACAACAAGUUUUCAUACGUUCCGGAUAGUAAUAUAAUACAAGAUAGCGAUCAUUCAAACACUUCAUCCAGAAGUAACUCUCCGGAUCCCAAUAAGACUGAUCUUAGACCUGAUAGAGAACAUGAUAGUCAACCACAUAGUUAUCUUAAUGUGAGUCCGCUUAGAAUAACAACUGAAAAGGUUUGCACUCAAGUGUUGCCCUUACCACCAGAAGUAGAAGUGAUUCACGCCACUCCUGCUGCGGGACAUCUAAGUUCUUCCAACAUAUAUCCCGCGUGUUUUGCUCCAUAUCUUAUAGUAAGCGCUUGUAGUGACGGAAAAAUCCGAUUCUGGAGAUGUUGUCAGCAGAAUAAUGAUUCAGAUUAUGGAUCCACUGAUAAUGCUUUUGAUCGCAAAUCAUCUUAUUUUUGGAAGGAAUGGGAAAUGAUUAUAAACAAAGAAGAGUCGAGUGCUUUUGAAGUUCCAGGUCUUCCUUUAUAUGUUUCGUGUUCAUAUAGCGGUAGAAUUGCCUGCGCCUACAAACAGGGUCAGUCAUUUUCAAGACAUGGAUCACGAAAUUCUAAUAAAAAGUUUAUCAAUGUAACCCUGGCUAUUAUUGAAUGUGAAUCAACCGGUGGCUCGGAAUGGGUUGAAGAUACCAUUCAAAUCAAGAAUAUACCGCUUCCACAAACAGACUUGAAUUUAGGUAUAGAAUUAGGACCAUUGGUUGACACAACUAUCAGAAACAAGUGGACAUCAGAUAAAUUAGUUACACGACUUGGAGGGGAUGAGCAUAUGUCUGAACAUAGGGGUACUAAUAAUAUCCAACGUUUACUAUCUGUUCCCAGUUAUACAACAAUGCAUUCGCUUAAGAAAAUAAUCUCAGAAAAGGGAAAUCAGUUUACAUUAACUCAAAAGUCUUUAGUACAACUCGAUUGGGUUUCCACUGAAGAUGGAUCUCAUGUCCUAACUGUUUCAGCCGGUUCUAAGAUUACAUUAUUUACUCCAGUGUCCACCGAUAUAGCACAGGCUAACCUCCAGGCGCUUAAAGCAUCUGAAAAAAUUAGCAGUAGUACAACAAAUAGAUAUUUAUUGAAACAAACUUCUUCUAUGGCACCAAUAGCUAGAACUGAUGAAAUUCGUUGGAUGACUUUACGCGCAACCGAUUUGAUUACAGCUGACGGAUUGCCUCCACUACCUAUGCAAUUGUCAUGGGUUAGGGAUGGCAUACUUGUUGUUGGUAUGGAUAAUGAAAUGUUGAUUUAUACUCAAUGGAAGAGUAAUUCGAUGGUUACUUUGGUUGAAUCAUCGGUUGAAAUAACAGAAUCGCGAAUAUUAACCGAACGGGAAUUGUUGACUCACGCUCAGGAAUCUUCACAACUUCGAUUACCAACUCAUCCCAGUGCUAUUCCACGGUCUCCAUCAUCAAGUAAACUGAUAACUGGUCUAAAUAGCGAACAUAAGAAAACGUAUCAACAAUCAGGUGUAGCCAUAACCGGCACUCAACAGUCAGAUGAACUGCAAACUGAGACACAAAUUCCAAACUUAACUCAUUUACCCGAUUUCGGUAUAUUUGAAGCGAGUCGUCUGGCCUGUCCAGUGUUACCGCAAUAUCAUCCGAAACAAUUGAUGGAAUUAUUAGCAUUCGGUAAAAUACAAAGGGUUCGGGCAAUUCUCGGCCAUUUGGUUGCCUGUUUGGAGUCAAUUAAUAAAAGACAAAAUACUUUACAAUGUUUGGGUCGAAGUUUAGAAAAAAGAAGUGAAUCUGAAAGAAGUCCCCGAUCUUGGCUUAGAUCACGAACACUAUCAGUUGCUGCACCCACUUCUCCACAUCAACCAAACAGUCCUCACGAUUCCGAAAAUUUUGCUUUAAUUGCAGAAGAAGUGCAAUUAGAUUACACUGAAAUUACAUCCAUAAGACCCCUUCCAUUGUAUGCACUGAUUGAAGCGGAUGAUAAAAAUGAGUUUCAAAUGACAAACAAAUCAUUGGAUGAAGAGUUGGGUUACGACAAACUUUUUGACUCUAAUUUCAAAACACAAGUUGAAGAUACGUUAGACGAGAUUCUUGGCAAAAGUGCUUUCAAUUUCAAUACCAAACCAAAGAAAACACAAAGAGAAACGGAUAUUACAAAUUUUGGCCAAAGACAGGCUCGCAUUUUGACUAAAUUAUUAACUCACUCUCAUCUUCCGGGUCUCUCAAGUCUGGAUCAAAUGCAUUUACUUGCUUUGGCUGAUUCAGUCGCUUCGUUCAAUCCAACAGCAAAUAAGGAUUCAUUUUCAGAGGAUUUUACGCAAAGAGAUGACAGUGAACGCGUAACUGUUGAUAAUUCAAUUGUUUCGGCCGAUUCAUUAGACAAUUGUGGCCUAAGAUUUUUGUUAACAAUGCGACAACACGUUUAUCUUUUGCGAUGCCUUCCAUUAGUACAAAGAAAAAAUUUACAAAAAGAAGGCUUAGGAACGCAAAGUAUUGUUUGGGCGUUUCAUUCGGAAACUCAAGAAGAAUUGGUUCAAUUGAUUCCUACCAUUAAUAAAGAAAACGCCAAUUGGAGUGAUCUCAGAGAAUUGGGAGUUGGACUUUGGAUUCGCAAUAAUUUAUUGCUUCGUAAGCUAAUAGAAAAGUUAGCUAAGGCUGCCUUUGAUAAGAAGCAGAACCCAUUAGAUGCCGCACUUUAUUAUUUGGCAAUGAAAAAGAAAAAGAUUGUUUGGGGACUCUUUAGAUCAGUUCAGGACAAGAAAAUGACGGAUUUUUUUCAGAAUAACUUUACUGACGAUAAGUGGCGAAAGGCGGCCCUCAAGAAUGCGUAUGCAUUGAUGGGCAAACAGCGCUUCUCACACGCGGCCGCUUUCUUUCUUUUGGCCGGUUCUGUUUGGGAUGCCGUCGAAGUCUGUAUCUCUAAACUCGAUGACUUACAAUUAGCAAUGGUUUUGAUCCGUCUUUAUGAAGGAGACAUAGAAACAACACCCGAAAAUCUAAAACGUCUUCUAUAUCAAGAAGUAUUGGGCAGAAAUCAUGACGGCUUGAAUUAUAACUCAAAUAAAGCACAUCCGGAUCCAUUCUUGAGAAGUAUGGCUUAUUGGAUACUUCAAGAUUAUAACACAGCGCUCAGUACUUUAAUGGAGAAAGAUGUCGGCUCUUGUCAUCCAAAAUACAUCAAUAAUGAUGUUGAAUACGAAGGAUCAGCAGUCGGUCACAAUGUCUUUAAUUUUUAUCUCUAUUUGCGAACUCAACCAUUGAUACUUCGAAGACAAUUUGCACAAAAUCUUAAGGAAAAGAAGGAACAAUUUGCUAAAUCUUCAAGAGGUCUCAUAACUGAGACUACAUUUGGCAGCGAUUCAAUAACACCAUUCGAAAGACGUCUUUUUUUCUUGACAGCGCACUCACACUUUCGCGCCGGAUGUCCAUCACUUGCAUUGGAAGUACUUUCACGAUUACCCAAUAGAAUUGAUACAAACGAACAGACAGAUAGAUCUGAAUCAAUAGAUUUGACUAAAUAUGAAGAGUCUAAACAUAUAACAACUGGAGUUAUACCAAACGGAGAUAUAAAUGACCCGUUUGAUUGGGGGGCACCAACUAGUUUCGUACCAAUGGAUACUACAAACGAUUUCCAGUUAUCAGUGGAGCCCUGUUCUGAUGAUGACGACGACGAUAGUACAGGUGGUCUUGAAAUGAAAGUGGAUUCUAAUACUAAUGAUCAACAAAUUACUACUAAUAGUAAAAAUUACAGUAAUAUUAAACUCGAUAUAAUGGCCCAACAGUUGAAGUUUGUCGCGUGUCUUAAAAUAUUGAUGGAAGAGUUAAGCACUUUAGCCACUGGUUUUGAAGUAGACGGCGGACAACUCAGAUAUCAACUUUACAUUUGGCUUGAAAAGAGUGUUCAGUCAUUGAAAUCUAUUUGUAAUUAUAGAACAUUUUCGAUGAGACACACACCCGAUGACAACCAAAUGACAUCAUCAAUGGUUUUGGGAAAUACUAAUGACAUUUCACAUUCAGAAGUAAUGACACCCCGCGGUUCACACUCUGAAGCCAGUGGUGCCAUUGAAACUAAACCAUCACUACAUGAAAUAUUAUUGGCCGACAAAAUGGACUUCGAAGCCAAAUUAGAUCGAUCUUCUCGUCGCAAGUUAUGGUUGACUGCCAACGAAGCACUUAUGAGAACUCUCUUAAGUUAUUGUAGUCUUCAUGGCGCACAUGGAGGUGGUCUGUCAUCAGUUCGAAUGGAACUCAUUCUUUUGCUUCAAGAGCUUCAACAGGAAAGAUCACAACAACAACUUUUGUCACCACUUCCUUUCCCGACAACAUUACCACUAUUGGCAGCAAGUGUUGCGUGUCAGAAGACAGUCAUUGCUGAUCCUAUAAGACAUCUUCAAUCUGUUACCCACGAUAUACUCAAUACAGUCUUAAACAUGAGUUCUCCACCACUAACUGUGUCUCCAGACUAUUCAAUAAUCUAUAUUUUAAGAGAUCUGGGAAUUUCAUUGUCUUCGUGUAUAUAUCAAUCCUUAUGUGAUUCCGAUGCCAUAACUUCUAAACCAGGAAUUGGUUGCAGAGAUGACUUGAGUUCAUCAGUUGUUUGUCAAAACACACAUCUAUUGGCUGGACAUCAAGCCGUUCGUCGAAAUGUAUCGUCGGCUUCGGAAACUAAUGAAACUAUUUGUCCAAUAACUGCACCAAACAAAUGGCCGGGAGUUCAGUCAUUGCGUGCAUUACUAGCGCGUGAUAAAGAUGAAGACUCACCUAAAUUACAUACAUUGUUAUGCGAAUCAUUUGUUGCAGUAUUUAUAAGUCAAUUCAUAUAUUCAAUGGCCGCGUGUGACUCAUAUGUAUUGUACAGAUUGAUUGGUUUGAAGUUUACUGACAGUUCAUGGGCUCAACUGUUUGGUGGCGGCGCUAAAAAACUAAUCCAUGUCGCGACCGGACAAUCAUCUCAAGAAAAAUUACAAAAUCAUCAAAAUAGUGAAGAUUCCGAAAGUUCAUCGCUUGACUUAUUAAAUACAUUAUCAAAACAACGAAUGAAACUUCAUAUGAAAAUAUUGCAACAAUUGAGUCAAACGGAUAAACCUAUAGCACCGCCAAAUAUGAAGGAAGACAGACCUACAUAUAGGGAACAGUUUAUUCCUCCACAAACUUCUAUGAUAUCAUUCCUUAUGACUAAACCUAAUCUUCCCGAUGAGUUCAUACAACUCGACUAUGACUCGAGUGAAUCAGUUAUGACUGAAGAUGAAGAAAACGAAACAAAUGAUUUAGAAGAUUAUGGUAUAAAUGAUAAUAUAUUUGGCGAAACAGGUCUAACCAGUACUGCAAUUGAUGAGAAAAAAUUAGAACAAGAGUUGUAUGCCUGGGGUUUAAUCCGAUACUCAGCCGUUAGACUCGCAAAACGUCAAUUGAUGCACUUCUUAACUGUGGCCGGCAUUGAAAUACCUGACCUUCCAAUCACCAGCUCUUUAAUACAUUCUGUUUCAAAAACAUUGAAUAUUUGGGAACAUUAUAUGAAUAACUAUAUGAAUGAAUUUAAUGGUCCUCCGAAUCACUUUUUGCUAAACACUUACGUUGAGUCAAGUCAUCAAAAUAGACCGGCUAUUCAUAAAUAUAAAUCUUUGUUAGAGAUAACUAACACUCCAUUCCGAGAUCACAAUCCUAUUUCAAAGGCAUCCAAAAGACUUUGGAAUUAUUUGGUCCGACAGGAGAGGGUUCAGGACAUCUUCAUUAGGUAUAUAUUUGGAAAACCAAAAUCAGUUCGUAGUAUAGCUUUGGACAAUGAUAUUACCAAUGAUAACGACACACAUAAUCCGGAAACUACACGAAUCGUACACAAAGAUCAUGAAAACAUUAGCGCCUUUUGUAUUAACCGAACAAAUGCUGGAAUUAUAGCCAUAUCGACACCUAAAGAGAUUCAAGAAAUCGAUAUAUCAAUGCUUUUGAAUGUAACACCAUUUCUUGAAGAUGAAGCUGAAUAUGAUAUUCUAAACUUACAAAAAAAUUCAGAAUCUCUGCCUUCAAUUGAUUAUCUAUUAGCUCAACAUCCGGCCGAUCGACUUCUGUCAUCUCCUGGAGGACAAGCAAUUAAUUCAAUGGUUCCAAACAGUGCUAAUAUCAAUGGAAACACAACUCAAACCGCAAAGAAUCCAAUAAUGGCUAAACAUCACUUUCCGGGCAAUACUAGCCCUCAAUUUUGUCAAUUAAUUCUUGAGAGAAGUCGUUAUGUUUUACAACCGCUCAAGCGUCACAAGAUUGAAGGGGUCAGGAGAUUGUGUUCACACCCGACGUUACCUUUAUAUCUUUCGGGAUCUCAAGACGGCUCAGUUACUCUAUGGGAAUGGAACCAUCAACAGCCUAUAGCCUGUCCCCGACCGGGCGGCACGUUCUCUAAAGUAACGCGCGUUGGUUUCAACCUUCAGGGCAACAAAUUUGGUGUCACUGACGGCGACGGAAAUCUAAGUCUCUGGCAAAUCGCCAACACUUCACAAAAUAAGCCAUUCUUUAGCAUGCAAUGUCAUUCCAAGACUGUCAGUGACUUUACAUUUUUGGGUGCUUCCAGUCUAGUGAUGACUGCCGGCCAAUCGGCCGAUCAUAAGAACGUAGCCCUUUGGGACACACUUUUGCCACACAAGAAAUGUAUGGUAACAUCAUUUGCAUGUCAUGAACACAACGGUGCCUCAGCCAUACUAUAUGCGCCUCUCAAUCAAUUGCUUAUAACCGGAGGCAAAAAGGGAGACGUCUUUCUGUUUGAUAUGAGACAAAGGGUUCAAAGGGACAGAUUUCAAGCACACGAGUCUGCAGUCAAAUGCAUGGCAUUAGAUCCGGGAGAGGAGUUCUUUGUCACCGGUAGUGCUGACGGAGAUAUUAAAGUUUGGGGUUUGGGUUCGGUUCGAGUGCUAUUCUAUUCAUUCCCGGGCGAACAUUCCAGGAGUACAUUGUUUCGUAACAUAGGAAUGGGUGUUUCGCACCUAUAUGUAGACCAAUGUGGAAGACUGUUCUCCUGCGGAGCCGACGGUUCCAUUAAGUUUAGGCAACUCCCCGAUCGGGGCAUUCAUAAUAUCAUAAAUACGAUAUGAUUUAAAUAAUUUUCUAUGGCUUUUAAAAGAGUCAAAUCCUAAUUUAAAUUUCAUUAUUUACUAUAAUCAGA